UACAAAAUUUUCAAUUUUCCUCUCAAAAUUUUUACAUUUUUGGACGUUCUCGCAACUAAUUAUCGUUGGUAAGGGGAAAUUUUGAAGCUGCAGGAGAAGAAUCCACCAGAAUUCAGAUGCUGCUGUUUUUCUUCGUCUUCGGUGGUGUUAGUACACAAAAGCUAACUACGGAUGACGCCUUGAGUUAUCUUAAGCAAGUUAAGAUAAUGUUCCAAGGCCAAAGGGAUAAGUAUGACAGGUUCCUUGACGUCUUGAAUGAUUUCAAGUCUCAAAGGGGCUGUGAAAUCACCCUCAUUGGAGAAGACGAGGCUCCAACAAAACGGACGUUUGAUGAGGCUCUCAGUUUUGUGAAUAAAAUUAAGAAACGGUUUCAAACUGAUGGUCAUGUCUAUGAAUCUUUCCUAGACAUCUUGAAGAUGCACCGAGAGGAACACAGGGGGAUAGCUGAGUUCUACCAAGAGGUUGCAAUGCUUUUUGAUGGUCAUGCCGAUCUUCUCGAUGAGUUUACCAGAUUUCUUCCCGAUACUUGAGCUACUGCUCCGGCAUCUCAUGCUUCAGAGAGGGGCAGAGGCGUAUCUACCCUUUGUUUAGAUGGGGCAAUUGCUCCUCCUCACCCCACAAAUCCUUCUAAAUUUUGGUACAAAUUUCCAAAUAUAAUUAACUUCUUUACUAAAUGUCCCUUUAUUACAAUUCAUAAAAUUAUUUUCUGGCUACGCCCCUAGAGAGGGGUGUAAUUCUGGCUCAUUAGCCUUCUGAGAUGUUCACAUAAUUAAGUUGAUGCUUUUUUUUUAAUUAAAUAGAUGUUCUUGUCUGA